AUGAGCAAAGCAGGAGGAGGCUUCCACCACUGCUCCAGUGACAGGGGAGGGGGAUUUUGUGCCUAUGCUGACAUCACUUUGGCCAUCAAGUUUCUGUUUGAGAGAGUUGAAGCCAUCUCCAGGGUGACCAUCAUUGAUCUGGAUGCUCAUCAGGGAAAUGGACACGAGCGUGACUUUUUGGAUGACAGGCGAGUGUUCAUCAUGGAUAUGUAUAAUCGCUACAUUUAUCCAGGAGAUGGAUAUGCCAAAAGAGCAAUAAAAAGGAAGGUGGAGCUGGACUGGGGCACUGAAGAUUCAGAGUACCUUCAGAAGGUUGAGCUUCACAUGGAGGGCACACUGAAUGAGGUCUUGCCUGAUGUCAUCGUUUAUAAUGCAGGGACAGACAUCUUGGAUGGGGAUCCCCUCGGAGGACUCUCCAUAUCACCACAGGGGAUUAUAAAGAGAGACGAGAUCGUGUUCAGGGCUGCGAAGCGUCGGGGCAUCCCCAUACUUAUGGUGACAUCUGGAGGAUAUCAGAAGAAAACAGCCCGCAUAAUCGCCGACUCCAUCCUGAACUUGCACCGGCAGGGUCUGAUAGGAGGUGAGGCUGUUGAGGGAGAGGGAUCAUCGUCUCUGGUGACCCACAUGAUGUGCAGCCCUGCAUCAGCUGGAUCCACAUCCACAGCCGUGUGAGGAGCAUUAAGCCUGGAGCUAACACUCACACAUGUGACUUUAAAGCACUAAGUAACUUUAUCAUGUGCUCUAACUGUGUGACAGCUGUUGUAAUGUGCAACACUCGUCUAAUUUUAGAUUUAUAACAAGAAGUUUGCACAUGUGCAACAUAAAUAUUCAUAAGCUUUGGUAAAACUUUCACACUUGUUAUCUUUACGUUUACGAAUACUCAAAGGGAAUCAUCAUUCAAAGGGGAGAAAAGCUAUCUUUAAACAACAGUGUUAUCACAGCUACAGCUCUCUUAUGCUACAAAAAUAGCCUUUAAAUUUUUAAUCAGUAGGAGAGUAAUGAGUUUUAUGUGUGAUGUGUAAUCGGGGCAGCAUGUUGGAUAGAGAUCAUCUUUAAUCUCAGGAGAUGCAAAACAUUUAAUUUGUGAAACAUGCUAUAAUAAGGUGCGGUGUACUGUAUUUACACAGACAAGUAUAUUAAUUGGGUCCCAUCUCACAUUAUAAUUUUUCAGGUGAAAAUAAAGAUAAUUUGACAUGAAAAGCGUAAUUAUCAUAAUGAGACAUAAUCUUUGGGUAACACUGACAAGAUAACAAAUUUCCUUCUUGAUUGCAAUUCUGUUCUAUCUCUUGUAGUAAACUGGUGUUUAAAUGAGUAGUGUCUUCAUUGAGAUGGUUUUUGUGCUUUGAAUCCACUCUAAUAUUUACAGUUAAUGUUUAUCACAGGUACUAAAGUGAUUUGUGCCUGUAUUUGAAAAGAUUUGAAACACUAAAACAUUUGGCUGAGCUCUCUGCUGGUGAAAGCAAAGUUCCCCGACUCUUCAGACUCCUGAAAUUCAGUGAACGUGUUCCAGUGUUUUUCUGUCGUGUUGUAGAUCAAAGUCCAAAACCCAAAAUGUUCAGUGAUUAAUGAGAAAGCCUGUACAGUGAAGUUUCCAGUGACUUUCACAUUUGAUUGGUUGUUUAUAGUUAGGCACACAGCGCUACCCUAAUGAUGUUUACACAUCCAGAAGCUGUGCAAAAGGAGACACAAAAACAGUCAGAUCAAUAUGAUUAAUGCAGCAGCUGAAACAAUAUCACUACUUCCAAAAGACACUAAAGACAUCAUCCAACACACGCUGAGUUCUGUGCAGCUGUGUGCUGGUGUAUGUGUGUGCGUAAUGAUUACUAAGCCAUUUUAUCAUGAAUCUCUGCCUAAAACAUGUAAUAACUAAAGUCUUAGUUCAUCACUGGUCUGUGAAAUCCUGAUCUUACCCUUCCUUACAAAUGUUAAAGCAGGUCACCGUGGUGGCUGCAGGUGAAGCCAGAUCAGAGUUUGCUGUAGAAACAUGUAUCAUUCAUAAUAUUUUGGGUGUCUCAUUUUCAAGGCUUUUGGUGUUGUGGUGAUGCAUUUUUUCAUGUACAUGGAUGAGAAUUUUCUUUGUGUGUGUGUGUGUGUGCUGUCUUUUUUUGCCCAUGUACCCAAAAGCAAAAAAACCAUACAUCAAUGGAAAACAUUUUGUGAGCACUUUAUUAAUGGCCAUGGAGCUAUGUUGGCCAAAUUGCAAAAACAAAGCAUUCCAGAUGUCUGGUUGUUGGUGGUGCCAGUGUGCUAUUAGCUACAGUACCUAUUUAGACUAGCUAGUUAACUAGCCACAUGCAUGAAAACAUCAACAGAAAAAUGGCCAUAAACAUCAUGUGAAUGAGGACUCCACCCAGGUAUCCCCACUGUGGUGAAAACAUCUUUAAAAAAAAAUUUCAUCAGUUGGCGUUACAAAAAUGGUUUUUAACUUUUUGGUUAAUAAUGUCCACCCAGUUUCAUCAAAACACUGGCAUCACUGAGGAAUAUGUGGAGCUGUGCCUGAAACU